AUGUGGUAUCACAAAUGUGAGUACAACGAUGUGAAGGACAUGUUGGCCCCAAGUGGUUUCGGUUGGGACAGCGAGCGUAUGGCAGUAACCGCACCCGAUGAGGUCUGGGAAGAGUACAUGAAGUCACAUCCAAGAGCAGAAAGGUUACGCGGAAAGCGAAUUGAGCGAAUGGACGAUCUAGCGGCGAUUAUUGGUUCAGACCAUACAACAGGCCGCUGCGCCCAGGGAAGCAGAAACAUGGCCGCGUCUUCCUCUCAUAUUCAGCGAGAUUUGAAUGACGCUUGGACUGAGCUGGACAAUGAGAAGGAUGUACCUAUCGAUCUUUCCAAGGAUCAUCUCGGAGAUUCAACUGGGAAUUAUCAUUUUUCAAAUGAUUCUCAUCGGGCAACAGAAAAUCGUUCAUUUUGCAGCACUCUCAACCGAGCGACUGACUCUGAGAGUAGUCGUGGUGGGAGUGCGUCUACAAAACGGAUGCAUUCUGCUCGUCCCUGUGACGUCCUUGGCAAUUCCCUGAAUGGUGUGGCGGAUGCAAUGCGAAACUUUAGACUUGAAAAAGAGGUAAACCGCACUAAUAAAGUGCUGGAUAUCCUUGAAGAGGUUCAGGGACUGACCAACAUAGAAUUUAUAGAGGUGUCAUCAGGGCUUCUUUUCAUUCAUUUGCAACGCCUGAGGAAGGACAAAAUGGAGGGCUCCUGA